UUUGCGUUGCUUCAACGAUUUCAGUCACACAAAAAUUCCUAAAAUGAAAAAAAUUACAAUGGAAAUCCGGACAAAAUUAAUUAUUUCCGUUUUUUUGUGGCUUUUGCUCGAUGUUCAAUUAAUUUCCUGCGGAGUUUCAAUGAACCAAUUACAUCAAACAGCAGUCCUUUUACGCCAAACCUGCCAACCUAAAUUCAAAUUGACCGACGAACAAGCAGACAUUAUCAGAGAUGGAACGCUACCCGAUUACAAAGAUGGAAAGUGUUACUUGUCUUGCCUGCUUGAAAUGUUGGGUGUGAUGAAAAAAGGCAAACUUAUGGCCGACAAGGCAAUCAAGACAGCAGAAACGAUGUUACCGGACGAAAUGCGAGGCGAAUUUAUCGAUGGCAUCAACAUUUGUAAAGAUCUCACUUAUCCGAAGGAUGCGUGCGAAACCGGUGCUAUGGUCGCUAAAUGUGCUUUUGACAAUAUUCCAUCGUUUUUCCUACCGAUGACUGAAGAGAAUUUUGAACAACUUGCUGGUGUGCUGAGAUCAAAGUGCAUGAAAGUGGUUAAAGUGACGCCUGAUGUUCCUCUAGCGAUUGCCGAUGGAGAUUUUGAUGAAAGCAAUAGAUUGGCCAAAUGUUACGUGCAAUGUGUGAUGGAUACACUGAAAAUUAUGGAUAAAAAGGGGAAAUUGACGUACCUGAAAUCCAUUCAAGACACUUAUAUUCCGGAUGAUUGGAAAGAAUCUUUUGGAAAUUCAUACAAAAUGUGUGUCUCGGUAGCUAAUGAUGCCAAGUUGACGGAUAAGUUUGUGACAAUGGCUUCUUUUGUCAUCUCAAGAGAAUUUUUGUCGUUAGUUUUUCUAAUGACCUACAUAACUUUAUGUUUGGGAGGCGCAACAAGUGAACAAAUGGAAAAAACUGCUGGAUUAAUGCGAACCGCUUGCACGAACAAACUAAAAGUGUCCGAUGCUGAAGCCCAAGCCAUCAAGGAGGGAAAUAUUCCAACUGAAAAAGCCCAAAAGUGUUACGUGCAUUGCGUUUUUGAGAUGAUGGGGGCGAUGAAAAAGGCAAAAGUGAAUUAUGAUGGCAUGAUCAAGCAAAUUGAUACAUUGAUGCCGGACGAGGUGAAGGAAACAACUAAACGAACAUUUACGUUAUGCAAAGACUCAGCUAAUGGCAUCAAAGAUCCGUGUGAUGCGGGAACAGCGUUACUUCAAUGCAUGAAAGAUAAGGCAGAAUUUUUCACUUUUGCUUAAAAUUGUAAGAAAAUUCAACAAGUUUUUAAAUUUAAAAAAAAAAUAUUAAAGAAAUUAUAUUUUCUUUCUUAUUUUUAACAAAUUCAAUGUAAUAUUUAACUUUUUUUAAAAAAUAUACCAGGCGUCUCCAUCAACAAAUCAUUAUUUAAUACAAGGGUCAUUGAAUAAAAAUAUUCUAUUAUAUCUUUUGAAAGGGAGGGAUUUGUACAUUUUUUCUCAGUUA